AAUUAGUAGUAGAGAUUUGAUCAAAAUAUUCUAUUUGCAAUUAAUGGACCAAGUUCUUUUUGCUUUGUUUCAUUUUGAAGAAAAUUUGAUCAAACUGUUCCUGUCGCAACAUUUGUUUUCUUUCCUGGGUCAGCCCAUGGGUUGUCUGACAGGCUCUUCUUUUAGUUUUUGCUGCGCUGUGCUGCAAUUUGAAGGAAAUUUGAUCCAAGUAUAGCUGCAGUUUUCUUUCUCGACAUUGCUCUCAAAUGAAAAGGCUUCGGCCAUUGCUGGAACGGUCAGUAGGUCGUCUAUGACAGGCUUCUCUUUAUUUUCUCGCUUUUUCUGCCCUUCAGCUUCUGAAUAAAAACCCGUGCAAAAUAUUCCUACCCCCAAUCCCCCAUCGUAUCCUUACAAACAGUUCUCUAAUUUGUUACAAAACCUAGUAGAAUCGUGCUGUCUGUCACAAAAGAAAGUGGAUGAGUUGACAGGAUCAUUACCAUUCUUAAGCUGUUACUUUCCUACAGAACUGUCGCUUCCUCGAGAUCUUUCAGUACAAGCAAGGCUAGAGCUCCACGAGUGGUGACAGAAUUGUUGUUUAUCUCUGUCUGAUCUUUCACAUCGCCAACAACUCUCUCGAGGCAUGCGACCAGCAGAUGAACGCUUCUGCAGACACACAUCACGUCACUACGCACGCGAUCGAUGCUAUAUCUCAUUCUUCCUUGACGAUCACAGAACCAGCCGGUUGAUGCAGCAUCUUUGUCAGCCGCAGGAAAAGCCUCUGAAACCGUUGAUCGCUGCCUGCCCUCGGUCGCUUACCGUGCUCGCCUGCUUUCCGUCUCCUUGUGUUCUCAGCGGGACGACGUCGUGCGCGGCCCGGCGUCGAUCGCCAAUGGCGUGCAAGGUGAAAGGGAUCUUCAAGGGCCUCAAUGCCUUCUCCCAGAUCUUCGGUAAGCGGGCAUUUUGUUUCUCUUUCCCGCCUGAAAACCUCAAACUCCGAACAUGGAUGCACUGUCUGUUUUCCUCCAUGGGUCGUCGCCGGUCCUUGCAGCGGUGAAGGAGCACGAGAUGGAGAUCGGUUGUCCGACUGACGUGAAGCACGUCGUGCACAUCGGCUGGGACAGCGCGGCGGGCGGCGCGUCUCCGAGCUGGAUGAACGACAUCAUGGCGUCCUCAGACUUGUCGUCCCUGGGAAACUUCGCAGCGCUCACUGGUACCUCCUGGGUUUCUCAAGGUACAGUGACCAUUUCCUCAUGCUCUCCGGUUCAGAAUGCAUCGCUUUGUUUUGCUAUAGUUCAGUUCAGCAGCUACUUCCGUAUGACUGCUGUGUUGCACAUUUCUUAGCAAAGGUUUUUGGUUCUUCGUGUGAUCUUGCCAGUAGCUAGGAUCAUGCGCAUGUCCUGGAGUUUUGCUUUGUCCAUUCCUCUGUUAGUUCUUGUACCCGCAGCACAACACACGCACUGGCUUCAGGUUUCUGAAGCCUGAGAUACCAGCAACAUCUCUGAACUCUGUGAGAUACCUCCAGGGGAACAUUUCUUAGCAACUUCUAUGGCUCUUACAUACAUGACAGCAGAAUCGGAGUCCUUAUUGAAGUGAAUUGUGAGACUGACUUUGUGUCUCGAGGUGACAUUUUCAAAGAGUUAGUUGACGAUCUUGCCCUGCAAAUUGCUGCUUGCCCUCAAGUGCAGUACAUCUCUAUUGAUGACGUCCCUGAGGAGGUUGUGAAGAAGGAGACCGAGCU